CCUCCAGCGGUCUUUAUAAGAGACUGUGAUCCACCUCACAGUCACUUCCUCCAGUCAUCAAUAAUCCACCCUGCAGGUUCUGUCUGAUCCAGGAUGUGGGUUCUACACAAAACCGGUCUGCUGGUUCUGGUUCUGGUUCUGAUGGUUCUUGGCUCCAACGCAGCCCCUGAAGGAUGUGGCCUGCCCGAGAGGCUGACCAAACCGCAUCUACGCAAGGUUCUGGAGGUGCGCUGGGUUCUGGUCCAGGCGUUCGCAGAUUACCCAGCAGGUGUGGAGUUGGUGUCCAGACUCAACAGCUCGCUCCUGGAGGUGGACCUGAAAGAUGACAAUGAAACCGUCCAGUUCACCGAGAGGAACACCGUGAGCGGGAUGUGUCUGAUCUUCCGUGGAAACUUGUCUGCUCCCGACCCCGAGACGUCCAACCACACCCUCCUCCUGCUCAGUUCCGUCCAGGAGUUCGACAGUAAGGUGUCUCCGUACGACGACCAGGGCCGAGCCGACGUGUACCAGAGCUGCCCCGAAUGUCUGACGAUGGUCUACCACGGAGUCUUCGAGGGAACCCCGGGGAGGAUGCUGCUGAUCUACAGGAGCGAGGGGAAACAUCUCGACGUCGAGCAGCUGAAAGCCGCUCGGAGCGCUAACGCGCAGACGGCCGAGUGUCUGAAAUUCAACAUCCUGUCACAGUUCAACUACGACGGGAUCGCAGAGUUUUGUUUGGACAAGAAGGAAGAAGAGAAAGAAGCUUCAGACGGACGAUGAAUCAACGUUCAUUAAACUUUAUGUUAAUUAUUGUUAAUGGAAGAAAAUAAAAAGUAAUCAAAUGUUAAAAAUGACCAAAAUAAAACCGGAAUUGUGAUUAAUAAAAAAUACUUUAUUUAUAUCUCA